AGAAGAAGAAGUAGAAGAAGAAGUAGAAGAAGAAGAAGAAGGAAGUUUGAGAUUCGCUUGCACCGUUGUUUGUGUUUCCUAUCGAUUAACUGUAUUUAGGUUUCUGUAGCUGCUUACAUAAUUCGUUGUUGCAAAGAAAUGUCCCCCGUUCUAUAAGCCUUCAUCAAGACUUUGGAAUACCAAACCAACACCACGCGGCUGGUUAUUGACCGCUCGAGUAAAACACAACAACACAGAAUAAUUACGAUACCGAGUGGGCUGUCUUUGCAGCUCGCUACCUAACGAACGUAAUUCUUUUACAGUUAAGUAGGUGGCGACAGAAACCUGAAAUGGAUAGUGAAGUUCAAAGAGAUGGAAGGGUUCUUGACCUAACAGAUGAUGCAUGGAGGGAAGACCGUCUGCCUUAUGAAGAUGUCACUAUCCCAUUGAGUGAACUGCCUGAAGCUGAGCAAGAUAAUGGAGGAUCAACGGAGUCGGUGAAAGAACAAGAAAUGAAGUGGUCAGAUUUAGCUCUACAGAGUCUACAUGAAAAUACACCUAAUACUGGGACUUAGUAACUCUGUGAAUUUGAUGAUGUACCUAAUCCAAUAUAUCUGUAGUCAAGCAGUUAUUUGUUGUUUCCUCUAGCCUAAGCUCGAUGGCCGAAAGAGGAAUUUUCUCUUCAUACCUGCAAUAUAUGUUAUAAUUUAAUACUCAAAAACUGAAGGGCAUCCCUGGAGAAGUGUUAACAUGUCUAUUGGCCAGAUAGAAUGUCUUGCAAUGAAGCAAAAUAAAAAUAAAUUUACUAAGA